AUGUUCUUUUCUUCGCCAACUCCCGAGAAAAAGCUAGCUCCUCUUAUAGAGGCUAUUCAGAAAGGGAACAAAAAAGUCACGUUCUUCUUGGGCGCCGGUAUCUCGACCUCAUGUGGCAUUCCGGACUUUCGAAGCCCAAAGACCGGCUUAUAUUCAAACCUUAAAAAGCUUGAUCUUCCAUACCCAGAAGCGGUUUUUGACAUUGAUUACUUUAGAGAUAGCCCCAAGGCUUUUUAUACUUUAUGUGAUGAACUUUACCCAGGCAAGUUUGUUCCAUCCAAGUUCCACUAUCUAGUCAGGCUCUUUCAAGAUAAAGAUCUCUUGAAGAGGGUAUACACACAGAACAUCGACACUUUAGAGAGACUUGCUGGUUUGAAGGAUGAGUUCAUGGUGGAGGCCCAUGGUUCUUUUGCAAACAAUCAUUGCAUCGACUGUCACGAAGAGAUGCUGAGUGAGACAUUGAAGAAGCACAUGUUUGACAAAAGCAAGAACGAGGGUAUACCCGUAUGUGCUAAAUGUAAGGGGUACGUUAAGCCUGAUAUUACUUUCUUCGGAGAAGGUCUUCCAGAGAAGUUCUUCUACCUGUGGCGAGAUGACGCUGACGAAGUGGACGUUGCCAUCGUCGCUGGUACGUCUUUGACAGUCAUGCCAUUUGCUAACUUGCCUAGUGAAGUUGGCAAGAAGACUUUGCGUACCUUGAUCAACAAGGAGGUUGUUGGAGACUUCAAAUACUCCAAAAGAAAGUCCGAUAUCAUUUUGCAACACGAUUGUGACGAAGCCGCUGAAUUGAUUGCCGAUCUCCUUGGAUGGAGAAAAGAGCUUGACGAGCUUCACGAAAAAGCAAAGGCAGAAUUCAGCGGUGAAAAGCCAGAGACAGCAGAAGAGAAAGCUCACGAAGUUGCAGAGGAUAUCAAGGCUAAAGAGGAAGAGACAGGACAAGACGAGAAAGAAAAGAAGGAAGAGUCCGCGGAAAGCAAGAAAGACGACGAUGCUACAGACGAUGUCGAGAAGAAGUUGGGCAAAUUGUCCCUUUGA